AUGGGCAAACGGGACUUCGCCAACGCAGAUGGCGCUGCUGCUUUUCGCAAGCGCCAGAAGAUUACACACGAGACCCCUACAAGUGAGGAGGUAACUUCGAGCGAUCAAUUGCGCAAUCUCCUCUCCUUCGAUCAGGAUUUGCGCAACGCCAGACAUGGUCUUCAAUCUUUUAAGAAUCUUCUCGAUCAGAUAGUUCACGAAGAAGGCGACAAGCGCGCAAACCUCGAAAUUUUACACCAGUACCUCGAAGCCGUCAAGCCCAGAGACACAUCCGAAGAUGCUGUCUUCCUUCACGAUAUUAUGGAGAUGUGGUCCUUUGCUGUUCAGGCCCAAAACGACGGUGUCAUGUCGUCUGUUGCUGUCGUUCUAGCCUUGCUGCUCCAGAUCCUUUCCGGCUCGUUGCAGCUUGUGGGUCAUGGUCUCGGUAUCUGCCAAACCCUGCUACAAGAAUCACAGCUCAAGUUAUUGGCAAAGAAUCUCUCGGCUGAAAAGAGCAAGGGUUUCGUUAUAUCACCCACCCUGCGUCUCCUGCGAGAGGCUACAUGUUUGGAUGGAGGUGCCUAUGCCAAGCGUAUCUUCCGAGCUCGCAACUCCACCUUGACUUCUCUCGGAAGAAAUCUCGAGAUUGGCCAUAUUGGAGAUACUCCGGAAGAAUUUCAUAAGGCUUCUGUUAGAACGAACGCUGUCCGUUUCUUCUUGAGUCUUCUCAAGUUUCUGGGUUCUGAUGGAAGAAAAGAACUUCUUUCUCAAAAGGAGCUCCUUUCACAUCUGACUUACAUGAUCAGGAAUGAUCCUCCAUACGUCGUUACGGAUAUUCUGGAUUCUUUGAAGACCUACGUUCUGAAAGACGAUAAGAUCCCCCGCGAUAUCAAAUUCCGAAGCUUCAACACCAAGACGCUGAUGCGUUUCCUGGCUCUAUAUACUUAUACCAACGAUGGUGAGGAUGUUGACGAGAAGGCGACUGUGAGCUACAAGGCCCACCAGCUUCUUAUCUACAUUUGUACAACACCGAGCGCUGGUGUGCUGUAUCCUUCCACUGGUCUUUAUCCCAAAGAAUCCGAGGACGAUCCAGUAUCAAGCGGACGAGCAAAGGCCAGUACACAAGGCGCGCUUUUCACGGACAAGUACAAGGAGGACAUCCCUGUGUACAACUUUGUGCUCGCUGAAUUUGCCCAGAAGCUACGUCCUUGGUCUAGUCUUAAGCAUAGCGAACUCCUAAUUGAGAUCUUUACAGCUGCUCCUGAGCUUACUGCGAAAUAUUUCCUCAGCAACAAGUCUUUCACUUUCGAACCAAAACUAUCCAUGACCUGGAUUGGAUACGCCGCUUUCCUCUUUAACACCAUGCAAAUUCCUCUCCUACCUCGUUUUGGAGACCGCUCGCGAUCUACCAAAGCUCCUCCCCCUACAUCCAUUCUGCUCGACAACAUCAUUCCUCUCCCCAUCAACCAGAAGAUUCUCAUCCGAUGUCUUUCCUCCAAGUCACAUCUCACCUCCUUCUUUGCUACUCGUAUCCUCAUUGUGGCGGUCGAAAAGCUCGCUGAGGCGCUGAAGAUGCAUGAAGAAAUCUCAAAGGGUAAAGACCCCGUCUGGGCUGAGGCUAGCCGUCGCCUGACUGAUGCCUUUUGCCAACGUAUCCCCGACAUGAAGGAGAUCGUUCGAUCUUAUAAGGGUAUACCAGCUGAGAAUAUUCUUCACAAGACCAUGGCUAGUCGUUUGUUACGCCUGUACUAUGAGGUCAUUCCUCAAGUGGCCCUUGCUGCAAACUUUGACGUCUCGCCUUUCUUUACCGAAGUUCUGAAGUCGCUCAACAAGGAUAGUGAGCAGCAUGAAGACGAGUCUCUGAGAGUGAUUGAACUCGAGAAUCUUGUGUCAAUUGCCAGCUAUUCUCCGGGUAUGCGAUGGUUCUCCAAGAUCGAUAACCUUGUCGAUGGAGCGGGAGCAUCGCCAUAUACCGCGCUUCUGCGACUACUUUGCGAUAAAAAGCGAGAUCUUCCGUUCCAGCAGCUGAAGAAGGUUCUUGGUGAAGUUGCCGUCGAGAAUCAACUGGUCACAAAGGCCUCUGUCAUGACUCCCUUGUUUGAUGCUCUUCAGAGUACACUGGUAGAUGUCAAGACAAAGGAAAUGGAGAAGGUUUGGUCAUACGUUGACAACUGCAUCAACCGAUGCGCGUCUUCGCCGAUCAAGUACCUCGACCUUCUGGAAACUUAUGUGCAAGAAGACAAGCUAUCGCCGCCCAGCAAUGAUACUGCCUUGGUCAAUGUUACGAUGGCGGAGCAGCUGUCGUUUGCUCUGAAAUCUGCCAACAGUGAUGAACAGGCUGUGCUUGGCAAGUUCCUGUCUUCUUACUUCUCUGCUGCCUAUAACUCGAAGCAUGGGAAACAGCUUACUAAGGCUUUAUACAAGCGCAUCUCGGAUCAAUUCUCUGAUAGCAAGAUCAAGAUGAAGAAGCUCAAGGAGGAAAAGUCAGACGAUGCAGAUGCUGACGAGGACAUGCCUGAUGUCGACGCAGCCGAAACCAACGUUACAAACGAUGGGUCAGGUAUCGAUUCUUCAAAACUCGAGGCUAUGCUACAUGUCACGAUCGCUGAAGAUGAAGAUACCACAACCUUGACCAAAUGGGCAGGCAAAAACCCAGAGGAUCUUGUUGAAGAUGGUUGGGCAGCAGGCCUAAUCCGCCUCCUCUCUUCCGCCCACACCAACAUCCGCAAGGAAGCUCUCACCAGUAUUCUCAAGAUGGCUGCCAAGCUUAAGGAGUCUUCAUAUGAAGAAAAGGAACAAGUCUGGCUUCUUCUAUCCGAGCUCGCGGAGUCCUCGCGGGAUCAAGUUGACAAGGGCCCUGUUCCCUCGGCCUUUACAGCCUUCGCCAUCCACGCUCUGGAUGUCCUCAAGAACCCACUUCACCCUCUCUACCCCAAGAUCAACAGCUUCCUCACCCGCAGCCCUUUCUGGUCUGCUGACAAACUUCCUCUCGCCCAUGAUGUCCUUCACGGUGAGCCCUCAGAAGACGACAAGUACUACACUGAAAUCACAUGGCUCCUUACCUAUCUGCUCGACAGUCUGCGCACGCCCUCCGACCUGAGCAUCUUCCACCGCAAGCGCUGGUUCGAGAAGAUCCUUGCUGUGGGUGUUAACCCUUAUCUUCGCGUUAACCUGCGUACUCGUCUCCUGCGUCUGCUCUACCGCGCGACCUGCAUUGAGGGUGGUAGCACCACGUUGAUAACUCGGUUCGGCAUCCUGAGCUGGCUUGAUACACAGCGCGCGUCAUUUGAAGGAGGUGAAGAGGCAGAUGUGAUGGUUGCACUUAUGAAGAGAGUUUGGGAUACUUGUGACCAAGAGAAGGUCAAGGUUUGGAGUAAGGGAGGUAUUGAAAAGUUACUUGCAGCGCAUGUUCUAUAA